UGACGCUGAGUGAACGCAUCCAUUAAAUUAUUCUAUCAAGAGUAGACAUUUCUGAACGAAAAGUCUUUGACCUUUGAACGAUUGACAUUUCAUUGACAUUUGUGUUUCAUUUUCGUAGUGAUUGGUCGUGUUACUUUUCAGUGGAAAAAAAUAUUAUUUAGUGAAUAAUAAAUAAGACGUAAUUAGUUUAAUAAAUAAUAUGGUGGCUCCAUCAGUUAUUUACGCUGCGGUCCCUAUUUCUGUGCUGGUUGCGAUAGGGUUACUGCGCAAAUGGAGGUCCAGGAAUUGGGCUAAGUGUAGGAGUAAUACUUGCUUGCGGGGCAAGACUUAUUUGAUCACUGGUGCCAGCAGUGGGAUUGGGCUGGAGACAGCUAAGGCCCUGGUGAAAAGAAAGGCGCGGAUUAUAAUGGCGUGCCGAGACGUCGCGAAGGCAAAGGCUUUGAUUGCCGGUAUACGGAAGGAGCAGCCUUAUGGUGGAGAGCUUAUUCCCAUGCAGCUAGACCUAGCCUCAUUAGAAUCCAUCGAGAAGUUUGUAGAAGUUAUAAAGGCUGGCUUCUACAAAAUAGACGUACUUAUCAACAAUGCCGGUGUGGCUGUGCCUUUGAAACUGGAUUUGAAAACCAAAGAAGGCUUUGAAAUACAUUUUGGUGUUAACCACUUGGGACAUUUCUACUUGACACAGCUUCUAAUCGAACAUCUGAAGAAAGGCUCUCCCAGCAGAAUCGUUAUAGUGUCGUCAACGCUGCAUGAAAAAGGUGAAAUAAACUUUAACGACUUGAACUCAAGAGCUGAAAUCGAAGAGGCGAAGCAGGGCAAGACUCGUGGCCGUCACAUAUCUGCAUACCAGAACACUAAGCUGAUGAAUUGCUACUUCAUGAGAGCACUGGCAGAUCGGCUGAAAGGCACGGGCAUUGACGUUAGUUCUUGCUGCCCUGGGUUCUGCUAUACUAGCUUAUUUAGGUACUCAAUCAAAUGGUAUCAUUACAUUCUAAUGGCGCCUGUAUUUCUGCUAUUCAUGAAGACUGCUAAACAGGGUUCCGAAACAGUGGUGUACUGCGCCAGUGACUACAGCAUUGAAGGUAAAACCGGUAAGAUGUAUCGGGAGUGCGCGGAGUAUGAUUCCAAGUACCCCUUCGACAAGGAGGUCGAGACGAAGCUGUGGGAGGUCUCCGAACAGCUGAUUAAGGCUAGAAAACCUAUCCCUAUUGCUUAAACUACUAGCUAAUACCAGGAGUUAUUGUGGACUUGUCACAGAGUCGACUCGUCACAGGAAAUGUAUGAAGCCACGAUAGCUGAACGGUGAAGGGAUCGGACUGGCCGACUCGUGAUCCGGGGAACGCGGGUUCGGUCCCCGCCGCCGCGCGACUAUUGUGGUGAGCUCACUCGUGACACAAGCAUAUUUAGCUUAGUCCGAGCGGGAGUAUUAGUGAUUUGUGAAAUAACAAAUUACUAAUAAUCUUUAAAAAAAAAUGAAUUCGUCACUUUUUAGAUAAUUAAUUUAAGAGCAAAUUGAUACGUACGGAUGACAGCACAUGUAGGUAAACUCUGUGCAUCUUUUGCACUUGUAAUAGAGGCGAUUUUGGAAUGUAUAGUCUGGUGUGCUGGUCACUGUACUUAUCCGCGUCUAUGACGAUUAUUUUUCUUUCAAUGUAUGAAACUUACAAGUGCGACGAAUCGACUUUGUGGCAAAAUGACAAUAAUAAUUUACAAGAAUGCGCGGGCGCAAUUGAGCCGUUAAAGCCAAAACACGAUGCGUUGCGGCAACGAUGCGACGCCGGAACGGUGUAGCUGCGUUGUCUUACAUAGAAAUAUCUGCGGCGCCGCAACCGCUACGCAUCGUGUGCUUUGGCUCUAAAAUAA